GUGGUUACGAAGGAGUAUUAAGGAGUUGGAAUUAUUGUUGUGUGUUGAAAGAGGGAAAGAAAUCAGACAAUAGGAAAAAAAAAUGCUUUACGUAAACUCGAACUACGUCAUCCAACAAGUCCCAAUAAUUUAAUCUGAAAUAAACAACUUAACGGUGGUCAUGUCAUUGGAAAGACACUCAUAAUCCCCCCCCCAAAAAAAAUUAUCCUAAAAACAGACAGAAAGAGAAAUAUAUAAAAGCAACAGGUUAGUUAGUAACCUUGAACCACACCGUGAUUUUUGUUUCUCUUAUCAUCCUUACAAAGAUUAUUUUACAACUUGACUAUGCACUAUUCAUCAGUCAGGCUGGCUAUUGAUCAUUCUUGAAGAGGCGGCUCGUCAGCUAAGUAUUUUCAGAAGAAUGAAGCAUGUAGGAGUCAUAGGGGCUGGGGCAGCAGGCCUUUGUGCAGCUCGGCACAUCCUAGCCAACCAGGGCAUGGUGCCCAUAGUGUGGGAACAAUCAGAGAAGGUUGGAGGAACGUGGAACUUCACACCGCAAACUGGCACUGAUAAGCAUGGAUUACCAAUUCAUUCAAGCAUGUACCAGAACCUGAAGACAAAUCUGCCCAAGGAAGUGAUGGCUUUUCCUGAUUUUCCGUUCCCAGAAGGAGAUGAAUCUUUUCUCCACCACUCGCAAGUCCAGAAGUACCUAGAAAUUUAUACAGAGCACUUUGAUCUUUAUCCGUACAUUAAGUUCAGUCACCAUGUAGAAGAAGUAAAACCUAUUAUCAAGGACAGUGGCCCCCCUUCCUGGUCCAUUAAAGUAAAAGACCUAAACUCCGGGGAAUUCUCAACUACUGUUUGUGAUGCACUCCUUGUCUGCAAUGGGCACUACUCCAUCCCACGAGUCCCUGUUAUCAAGGAUAUAGAGAACUUCAAAGGAAGCCAGAUACAUAGCCACAAUUACCGAGAACCCUCUCCAUAUACAGGAAACCGAGUGGUUGUGUUGGGUGCGUCAGCAUCAGGUCUUGAUAUUAUGCUAGAGCUUGCACCAUAUGCCAAAGAGGUUUUACUGUCACAUAAUUUGCCUGUAGCAAUCCCUUCCGACUUGCCGUCCAAUGUCCGUCAGGUGCGUGGUGUCGUGGCAGCCUCUGAAAAUGGCUUUAUUUUUGGAGAUGGAACUUCUGCCGAGGCUGACAUUAUUUUGUAUUGUACAGGUUAUGAAUACACCUUCCCCUUCCUUACCAAGGAGUGCAAUGUCACCAUAGAGGACAAUGUUGUGAAGCCACUUUAUAAGCACCUGAUACAUUCCACGUUCCCGUCUCUGGCAUUUAUUGGCAUACCAUUCCAGAUAUGCCCUUUCCCCUUGUUUGACUUUCAGGUUCAGUUCUUCGUGGCCUCAGUCGCGGGCCGGCUGACGCUCCCUUCCCCGGCGGAAAUGGCUGCGUGGUCGAGCAAGGAUUUGGAGCAACAUCGAAGAGAUGGCCACGAGGGCCGCCAUUACCACAGGCUCGGGCUUAUCCACCAGCUGCCCUUCCUGGAGGACUGGGCUGAGGGCGCUAAGAUCGCUCCGCCAGGGAAGCACAUCAAGACAAUCCUAUACAUCGUCGGGCUGCGCUUCAUAUUAUCUCAUCCGUCUUUUAAAAAGAGUAAAUUCACAGUACAGGAGGACGGCGGGGUUAUCGAGCGACGUGGAGGAGCUGAGGUUUAUACAAAGCUCGAGCUCACUUGGUUACUUGCAAGAGGGCUGAUCUGGAUCCUGUGGCGGGAUUUCCCAAGGAGCCUGGGUUUCCUGAGCUCAUAUGCGUGGGAUAGACUCGCCAAAGUGUUCCACUCGUGAUUUCAGUCUCCAAUAGCUGGGAGGGGCACAGGAGUAGCCUGAAUAAUUGUCUUGUCCAUCCAGGGGUUUUCCAAGAGUUGAAUGGUGCUAGAUUUUGUGGGGUCAGGAAACCAAUGUUUAUUUCAGACACAGGUCUUUAAAUGCGGGAAUUCUAGUUACAUUUAGACUCUUAUUCAUAACAGCUGCGUGUUCCCGAGAUUAUUGUCUGUGAGUACUCAGGACGAGGCGACAGUCCACGCUCUCCAAUAGCCACCUGGUUGUUAUUGCUGGGAUCCCAUCAUCCUACCCAAUUCCGUUUGCCGAAGUCCACUGUCUCCAGGAAGCUGAAUGGAAUUCCGAAAGGGCUUGCGUGGGGUCGAACAUCCGCCAUCUUGUAUUUUCUCUCUACCUAGUCUCUUUAUUAAAGUAGUGGGUUGAGUUUUUAAAAACAAUUUGCCUGACUUUAGUGUUUCCAUAGCAGGGUCUUGUCAAAUCACUGACAAAGGGACAUUGUUUUCCCUAUCAUUUCUUGGGUCGGUUUGAUGCUAACGAUAUUGAACAGUGGCAUUCAUAUUAGGUAAUUGCUUAUUUGAGGUAGACAUGGUUUCUUGAAAUAAUUUUCAGUGUCGUCCAGUAGGGUGUCUGGUUUUCAUGUGUGGGCGUUAUGUCCCUACGCUGGUGCACACAUUCCUGUCACAGUUUAAUAGAGGUUAAUUGAAUUCCUAACUCUGGUCUGCUCCUCAUUUUCCGACAAGCAGAUGGUUAAUGAGCUCCUCUUUUAGGUUUCUCUGUAGUGUCCUCUGGAUGCUAUAAUAUGUGAAAUUAUGACGCCUAUUUUGAGUGUGCCUUCAUGAGGUGUAUCUGAACACGCCUCUAUGUUUAAUAGGCGAUUUUUUUGGUUGUUCAUGGGGAAGUGGGUUGUUAGUGUGUUUUGCGAUAAUUUCGAGGUAUAUUCCUUGGGUUUAACCAAUUCUACUUGAUAUCACUGAUGGGUAAUUGUUCCGUCAUCUGCAUAGGUAAAUUUGAUGAACAUUGCAUUUGCUUCAUUUCAGAAGUGGGAGUAAUGUGCCUGUAAGUACCGAUUCUUGGACUCCAUUUUUUCUGGUUACAUUACUAUUAUAUACUUUUUAGGUUGUAUCCUCUCGUUCCUUCCAAGAAUGAGUUAAAGAGUCCUUCUACUUAAUUACUUAAUUACCUCACGGUAUUGUAAGCGCUAAGAUAUUAGCCCUGUUUACUCUUGUCAUACCAUGCGACUGUGGACAACAUAAGUACGAGUAAAUGGGUCGGUUUUGGUCUAAUAUCAUGCUUCAGUGAAUGACGGUAGAGUUUGGUUUGAAAUCAGCUUGUUCAGGUGGUACGCAAUUAUAUGUUAUAGGAAAUAAGCAUGUAAGGCAUAUUGUUUGGGGGAUACUGGAAAAAAUAGCACAGGAGGGAUGAUUAUUAGAAAUCUUCCCUAUUGUUCAAAUCUUCGUGACUUGCGGUUGUUCAAGUGACAGCCAGCCAACCAGUCUUUUUUCACAUUAGGUGCAUCAAGCACGUUUAUGGAUAAUUUUGUAUUCAUGCAGACUGCAGGAAAAGACGGAGCAGAUAAAGUAAUAGUGAAGUAUGACGAACCUCCAUCAGUGUCUUCAUAUUAAGUUUUGAUAUAAAUCUUAAAUCACAUCCAAACCCCAUCCCAAGUUUGAUCACAUGGUGCCUGGGCCAAGAACGGUCCUCUCCUGUACUGUUAUUGUUAACUUUUUACGUAAACCCGCUAAUAUAUCAAUAAACCACCUAACUAAACAUCGAACACAAAAAAAUUUCUUCUUUGUUUGGUUACGGCAAUAAAUGCA